AGUUACGUUAUCACUUUAUCUACUGAGUUUAUGCGAAAUUGUAUCUUGUGAUUUGACGUUCUAAAAAUUCAGUUUUGUCAGUAAUUUUGUGAACUUGUGAUGAAACGGACUCUUCGCGGAAAAAUGAAAUUUUUACUCAUUUUAACAGUGGUUACAGCUGCGUUUUCCACUCCAGUAUCUCAAGAAAAUAGUUACAGAUUACAACUCAGCACAUCACAUGUAAGAAUAUUUCUAUACACUCGAACUGACGUCAAUGGAUUCGAGGUUGAUCUUUCGAACAGCACUUCAAUUUCUGAAACCUCUUUCGAUGUUAACAAGGAAUCUGUUUUCUUUGCACACGGUUGGGUAAACUCUUACCAAUCUCCAGCUUGUGUGGAAGUGCGAGAUGCUUUCUUGAAAACAGCAGACGUCAAUGUUUUCGUUGUGGACUGGAGUGAAAUCGCCUCCUUGGAAUACGGUCCAGCCCAGCAACAAGUAUCAAUAAUUGGAAAUUUGCUAGGAAAAGACAUUGUGUCCUUCGCUGCUAGUAGUGGCUUAGAUUUGAACAAGACAUCCAUGGUUGGUCAUUCACUGGGUGCUCAUCUUGUAGGAGUUGCUGGAAAAGUUCUUGGUGGUGAACUGAAGACAAUUAUUGGUUUGGAUCCAGCUUUUCCGAUGUACUCCAUCAGCAGAACAGAUAACCGUCUGAACAAAGGUGAUGCCAAAUUUGUCCAAGUUAUACAUACCUGUGCUGGUGUUUUUGGAUUUGAUGUAGCUCUCGGUGACGCCGACUAUUGGCCAAACGGAGGAAGGUUUCAACCAGGAUGUGAAAGUGACUUUUCGGGAGCUUGCAAUCAUGGCAGAUCGUUUGAAUUUUUCUCCGAAUCACUGAUCAGUGGAAAUUUCUAUUCCUAUAAAUGUAAUAGUUAUGCCGACUUCAAAGACGGGAAUUGUCCAGGUGUAUCUUCAUACUUGGGAGAAUUUGAUUUGGAUACAAGGGUAGAAGCUAUACCCCAACCAUUGGAAGCAGACGGAGAGGCUCAAUUGUUGGAGUUGAUUAUCAAAGAUACAGAUAUCAAGAUUUACUUUUAUAACUCCCAAAAUCUCUCGAAAGGCAUCAAAGUCAAUUUAUCCGACUCCACAGCUAUUCAUGAAAGUACAUUUGAUUCAACCAAACAAACUCAUUUCGUAGUUCAUGGUUACCUAAAUAACUAUUCUUCUGAGAGUUGCCAGAGCAUUAAAGACGCCCUUUUGAAGAAAAUUGACUGUAAUGUAUUCAUUGUAGACUGGAGUAAAUAUUCAUUGAGGUUCUAUACUACAGCUUUCAGAGCUGUCGAACCAGUUGGAAAGAUUUUGGGAGACCUAAUUCGACAGAUGGUAGAAAAUAAUGAUCUGCGUCUGGAAAAGAUAUCUCUAACUGGUCACUCACUCGGUGCCCAUGUUGCAGGAGUAGCUGGAACUUUUCUUGGUGGACAAGUGGAUUAUAUCAUAGGUCUGGAUCCAGCAGGCCCCCUUUUCUCCUACAAGAAAACAACAAACCGAUUGAAUCCGUCCAGUGCAAAAUUCGUUCAAGUUAUUCACACUAGUAAUAUAUAUGGCAUGUUCAAUCCAAUUGGUCACGCCGAUUAUUAUCCCAAUGGUGGUAAAGAACAACCUGGUUGCAAUGUUAUUCUGAAAGGACAAUGUAGUCAUCAUCGAGCUUUCCAAUAUUACUCGGAAUCACUACUUACUGGAAAUUUCAAAAGUCACAGCUGUGACAACUAUGAUAAUUUUACGAAUAAGAAGUGUAACAAAAACUUCAUUUCCAUGAUGGGGCAAUGCAAUAUAGAUAAAAAUGCUACUGGAACCUACUUCUUGGAAACUAACCCUAUCUCACCUUUUGCAGAAAACUAGGAAUUGAAAAAUGUAUGCGUACGGUGGAGGUUUAACUUCAUUUCUGAUGAAUAACUGUCUGCAACUAUAUCUGACUCCAAUGUGAUAAUUCUCAUUACCUUUUCUCGAAGGGUAACAAUACAUGAGUCACCCCAUAUCCAUAUUCAAAAUGAAAACAACAUGCGAAGUAGGUUUUAAACAUAGCGUCAAAGUUCAAAGAAUAUUGCAGUUGUUCAAAUGAAGAGAUAUUCAAUAUGAACUGGUGAAAAUUUUAUGAGAAAACUAAAGUUUGACUUCUGUUUCUAUUUAUCCUGACUCUUUUCAAUUGGAGUUGUAGAAUAAUUUUAUCAUCGAAGAAUUAGCAGUAUACUGAAUAUAUUUUAUAGGAUUCAUGUUGAAGUUGGGGUCAUUCAACAAAAUCAACUCCACAAGAGGACUUAAGAUUGACCCUUCACUCAGAUUUUUAAAUACAUGUAUCAGACCUGAUAAAAAAAUUUCUACAGAAGGGAUCACUAGCAACAAUAUUUGAUGUACAGUUCGCAAUGAGAAAUAAAGAAAAACCGUUUA